CACAAACAUUUUGUGGGGGUCUCUUGUAAAAUCUUGCUUGUAAUUUGCGUUUUCAGCUGUGAAAUCCUGCGCAUCGUGAAGUAAACCACCAAACCCGGGCCAUCAUGUCGUGGCUGCAAGACUUGGCUGGGAGGGCCGAAAAUAUCCUCACCAAGAUCGACCAGAACGCGGCCACUGUUCUGCAAACCCGACCCGAUUCUGAUGAUGUGGACGGGAGCACUCCGCUGAUGGAGGUCAGUGUUUCGAAAAGCGAAUCCGCUCCACAAAAUACGCCCAAACCCAGGAAUAUUACGAAAACGUCGCACCUUGUCGUCCGAUCCCCGAAACGAAUGGGAAAAUCCGCUUCAAACUCUUCAUUCGACCGAUCAAUCGCCAACGAUCAGGAUAUGGAGGAUACUCUUUCGUCUAAAUCGGAGAGGCAAAACUUUUCCGAAACCUCUUCCAGGCGCAGCUCAAUCAGUUCGAAGAAGGAAGGAACAGUUAUCGAUAUGAGCACGAUGCCGAUAGCCGCGCCAAACCCGGCUGGUCACGAGUUUAGUUAUUCGAUCGAGAAAGAGCUGGCCGCUACAAAGAUCAUACUGGCCGAGGUUAAGUCCGAGCGGGACGAGCUGAAAACCGAGCUGGACAAUGCAUUGUCGCAGCUCAGCAACGGGGAGACGGAAGCAAAACUGAUGCAACUGGAGGCUUUAUGCGAAAGUUUGGCAGAAGAGAAGAACGAUUUGUCCGCGAAGCUGCUGAACAUCGAAGAGGCAAACAGCAAGUACGUAAAGUCCAUAUCCGAGCUCGAGUCCACCGUAGCGAAGCACAUGCAGAGUGAGCAGGAAUUACAAACAAAACUGGAGAUGGCGAAGCUAGAGGCGGAGAAUGCAAUGUCCGAGCUGCAGCAGUACCGCGUCCGAGCUCAUGCAACACUGCAGUUGAAGGAGAAAACCAUCGAUCAGCUCAAAGAACAAAUUACAAACAUAGACCGAAGUGAACAAGGCACGGUCAACGGCGGUUUGUCGAACUCGGAGCAGAUUCUGCAGAUCGAGCUGGAGCAAACCAGACAAGAGAAGUCGAAUCUAGUGGACGAGCUUAAUGCGCUGAACGAACGGAUAAAACAGCGCGAAGGACAGUGGCUAGCUACGGAGGAAAAGCUGAAGAUGACCGUCAACAAUCUAGAGAAGCAUCUGCAGCAGUCGCAGCAGCAGAGCACCUUCGAGACCGACCGAUUCCUUCAGCUGGAAGAUGAUUUCAAAAUCAAACAGAAAGAGCUCGCUUCGGCACGCGAAGAGCUGAUCAAACAAAGGACAAGCUUUACGGCGAGAGUAUACGAAAGAGAUUCCGAGAUAAAGAAGUUGCGCAGUAAAAUCCAAAAUCGUCCAGCAAGUCCAUCCUCCGAUGUGGAAGAUCGUCUGGCGUCCCUCACGCAAUCCUUAGUACAAAAGCAAACCACGCUAGAAACAAUAACGGCAGAGAGAAAUGCACUACGGCUACAGCUGGAAAAGUUAGAAAGCCAGUACCGUAGCACUGCAUCCCAGGUUCGACAGCAGCGAGCGGUGUACUUGAACAGCAACGUCACAGAUGAUGCCAAAUCCCAAGUUCCCAAUUUUAUGGUGGAAAACCCCUUCGACAAUAACGUGGCCCGAAGGAUGAAGCGAGCUUAUUCCUCUCUCGAUUCGAUAGGCAUUCGAUUAGGCGUGUUCCUGCGCCGCUACCCGCUGAUUCGCAUUCUUGUAAUUUUCUACGUGGUAAUCCUGCAUCUGUGGGUUAUGUUUGUUCUCUUAUCCUCCACUCCGACCUAAAAGUACAACUGCUUAAAAUGUAAUGUAAAUUAAAUCAUGUAAAAUACAAUUUUAACCGGGUA